AUGCCCAGAGCUUUCCUGGUGAAGCGCCGGAGCCCGCAGCCGGCGCUGCGCAGCUGGGAUGAGCUGCCCGACGAGGAGAGAGCCGACACCUACAUCCCAGGCGGGAUCGGCUGCGUGCUGCUGGGCUAUGAAGACAGCUGCAGCCUGGAGAGCAGCGGCAGCAGCGGGAUCCGGGACGCCGAGCCUAGCGACCCCGCGCCGCCCCAGCCCGCCCUCGGCGAGCAGGGCACGGGAGGGGGGAUGCUGCUGGACCUGGCCGUCAAGCGCCCCAUGGUCAGGUCAAAAAUCAAGUUCACCACUGGCACCUGCAGUGACACUGCCCUGCAUAGCUGUGAGCUGUGUGGCAAAGGCUUUCGCCUGCAGAGGAUGCUCAACCGUCACAUCAAGUGCCACAGCCAGGUGAAGAGACACUUGUGCACCUUCUGUGGGAAAGGAUUCAACGACACCUUUGAUCUGAAAAGGCAUGUCCGGACCCAUACUGGCAUUCGUCCUUACAAGUGCGAGGUUUGCAACAAGGCCUUCACGCAGCGCUGCUCCCUGGAGUCGCACCUGAAGAAGAUCCACGGCGUGCAGCAGCAGUACGCCUACAAGCAGAGGAGGGACAAGCUGUACGUGUGCGAGGACUGCGGCUACACGGGCCCCACGCAGGAGGACCUGUACCUGCACGUCAGCGGCGUCCACCCCGGCAGCGCCUUCCUGAAGAAAACCUCCAAAAAACUCGCUGCUGUUCUGCAAACCAAACUGAGCCCUGUCCUGCAGAGGAACUCCAAAGAGGAUGGCAAGGACGAGUGA